GUGACGCUACGGUUCGCAAAUGGCAGCUGGACUCCGCUUUCCGUAAGUGGCCAGGUCGCUAUUAGUGCUGGUGUUCGGUGUUCUCAAUCCCCGUGGGUCAAAGGUGCCAGUCACCUGCAGUAACGGCAACAUCAGCAUCAACUCACCACCACGCGGGAGCGAUACCUCUACUUUACUUUUUUUCUUCUUCUUCUUCUCUCGUUCAAACAACGAAACCACCUUCACCAACUACCACGUCACUCAUUUAACCAACCUCUUCGAUCAAAUCGACAAUGCUCGACAAACUCGUAGGCCUCGCCAUGCUCGUGGCCGCCACCUUCGUCUUCCUCUACUAUACCAUCUGGACUCUGUUGAUGCCCUUUGUCGACUCCGAUCACCCCUUGCAAAACGUUUUCCCCCCUCGCGAAUGGGCCAUUCGCAUCCCCGUGAUCCUCAUCCUGCUUGGCGCAUCCGUUGUCGGCUCCUUUUUGAGCAUGGUGAUGAUCAAGAGCAACAGGAAGAAGGCGGCCAAGGCUAAGGCCGCAGCGGCCAAAAAGAAGGCGUAAAACCUAGGCUCUUCUUGCCCGGCCUCUAUGGCAGGCGCAUCGCGGUUGGCAUUGGGGCUGGAGACAUCGAGGACGAUCGGUUGGUUCAGGUGCAAAGAUAUGUAUAUACUAGGGAGACUAGGUGACUACAGAAAUCUGAAAAGGGGAAGAAUUGAACGGCACCGAGAUCGGUCAGCGUGUGGGAUCAGGGUACUAUCUCCGGCGACUUGGGUGUUUGUGGGAUUUUCUCCGUAUACAUAAGUACCACGGGAAUUGGAUAAGUCCGUAAACACUCCUUCCGCGCAUAUUUAGAAUAGGUUGGUAGGAGGAGCAGUCUCGGAUCAUCAGACUCUAUUGCGCACUAUCACAUGCUCUCAUCAGGGAUCGAACAUAUUUGCAAAGUUGUUCGUCUAUUAUUUGCUUGUCUCGCUUUACUGGUUUCCGUAUAUGCUAAUUACUCAAGUAGCAACCC